AUGUCACAUCCAGAAUCAUCAAGCGAAGAAGUUACUAAAACUGUUAAAGAAAAAGAGAAAAAGAAAAUACAUCGUUCUUUAUAUGGUAAUAGACACGUUCCUACAACUCUUCCGAGUUAUAGUGAUCUAAAAUUUGGAAAAUGCAUAGGAGAUGGUCAUUUCUCGCAUGUUUAUCAAGGUUGGUAUCGAAAUCAACUUCCUUGUGCAAUUAAAGUUUUAGAAAGAGGUGAUAAACAAUUAAUAAAUAACGAAAUCUCACUAUUGCAAGAACUUAAUGGCGAACCAAAUAUUGUACAACUUUAUGAUGUUCAUCGUGAUGAUGUUACAGUACUUGUUUUUGAAUUAAUACAUUCAUAUCCAUUAGAUGAUUUAUUUGCGUACAUCACUGUUGACGAGAUCAGAAAACUAGUGUAUGGACUGCUUGUAGCUUUGCAAGCUGCUCACAAACAUGGUAUAGUUCAUCGAGAUCUUAAAAUAGCAAAUAUAAUGGCUUCAAAAGAUCUGUCUGUAGUCAAGUUAAUUGACUGGGGAUGUGGCGGUCGCGUUAUCGAAGGUAAAAUGCUUGUUAAAGCCGGCUCAAGACUUUGCAGAUCGCCAGAAAUGCUUCUAGAAGAUCCAAAUUACGGAUUUGGAUGCGAUAUUUGGGCUGUCGGUAUUUUGAUAUUAGAUAUUUUGACAAAUGGACGAAUCCCUUGGAAAGCUAAGACUGGAAGUGAAAUUUUGGUCCUUAUUUCGCAAUUUUUCGGAAAAAAGCAAAUAGUAGAUAUCGUUGAACGAGCAAAGAUUCCAUAUCCUAGGAAGCUAAAUCCCAAUGAUUUACACGAAAAUCCAACAAAAGAUCUUUUAUAUUCUCUUGAUCCAGCAAAUUUCCAGCUCUACGAUUCGAAACUUCUGGAUUUGAUGUUCAAGCUACUUACAAUAGAUCCUGAACUCCGCCCAACAGCUACAGAAGCUUUGGCCCAUGAUUUCUUUGACAAAAUCAGAGAAACAACUCUUGUUUCCGAGAUUUUUGAGUAA